UAUUAGAAAUUAAUUCACGUGUUAAAAAUAUAAAUAAUGAUAAUGUAAUUGUUACAAAAGAUAAUGAUAAUAAUCAGGUAUUAUCAACAAUUAUUAAAACACAUGAAACAACAAUUGCAAGAGUUGAAGAUAAUUUACCAAUAAUUAAAAAAAAAGCUAUUAAUAAAAAAGUUUUUAAUAAAAAUGAUAAAAAAUUAUUACCAAUUUAUGCAAAUAUAUUUAAAAGUAGUAAUGAUAUAUUGCCAAUAUAUGAAAAUUAUAGAGCUGAUAAUGAUGAUAAAAAAGCUAUUGAUUUAAUUGAUAAAAAUGAUGAUAAAAAAACUACUGAAAUUAUGGAUAAUAGCAAAAAAUUAAUCAAUAAAAAUUCAUAUAAAUUUGGUAAAAAAUCAACUGGUACAUCAUCAACAAGUGGAUCAAAGAAAAUCAUACAAAAAGAUUCAAUUAAAAUAAAUAGUUUAAAAAAAAAAACAAAUGAUGAUAGUGUUAAAAAAAUUGGAACAAUUAAAAAACCAGUUGAAGUUGUUUAUAAAACAGCUGUUUAUAAUAUGGAAAAACUUGGUAAUAAUAAAAUAAUAAAAUCUAAAGAUGUUAAAAAAAAUCCACGAAUUAUUGAUGAAUUAAUUUGUGGUAGUAAAAAUAAAAAUUCUAAAACAAUUAAUAAACGAAAAGGAAUAACUUUACCAGGCUCCAAAAGUGCUACUCAACCCCCCAGGUAAUUAAAAAAAAUUAUUUUUUAUACUUAAUUGUUAAAAAAAUAGAUAUUAUUAAAUUUUUCAAUUAAUGGGGUUUUUAAAUAUUUAAUUUCAG